GCCCCCCCGAUGUCCCCAGGGAAGGAGUACGCCAAGGCCGACAGCCGCUACAUGACGAGCGAUGACUUCACGGUGGCCAUGGAGACUGUGACUGCCUGGGCCUGGGGCCCCCUCAGCUUCCUCACCUUCCUCGCCUUCCUGCGCCGUCACCCGUCCCGCUACGUCCUGCAGCUCAUCGUGUCCCUCGGGCAGCUCUACGGGGACGUUCUGUACUUCGCCACCGAGGCCCAGGCGGGCUGGACCCACAGCGACCCCCGGCCCCUCUAUUUCUGGGUGUACUUCGUGGGGAUCAACGGGCUGUGGGUGCUGGUGCCCGGCGCCCUCCUGCUCGACGCCUGCUACCAGCUCAGCGCGGCCCAGCGCGGCCUCGACCGGCCCCGCCACAAGGCCCACUGAGCCUUGGGGGACCCCCCCAAGGGGUCACUCGGCACCAGGAGGGCCCUCGAGGCCUCCAGAGGGGGAUUCGGUACCUCCCUGGGUGCCUGGGACCCACCCAAGGGGCAGGGACAGCGGCCUGGGUGCCCCUGGGGGAUAGAGGGGGUCGGGGGUCCCACCCGCUAUCCCGAGGGUCCCACCCGUAUUCCCAAGAGUGUGUGUGAGGGGGGUCCCACCCUCAUUCCCGAGGGGUGUGAGGGGGGUCACACCCUUGUUCCCGAGGGGUGUGAG